UAAUUAUUUACACGUAAGGACAGAAGUACAAAACUAUUAAGAGUUUAUUUAUAGAGGCACCGGCUAUGCUUCCAUGUUUAGAAUCUAGAUGUUGUUUUAGCCAACAGUGAGUAGUACGAUGCAUGUUAACAACGGAAUCCACUCAUCGACGGAGGGAAUUUGGGGUGGAAACGUAAAAGAUUUUUUUGUUUCUUUUUUUAUUAUGGUAAUGAGAAGUACAUCUGCCCAAAUAUGGUCAUUCAGUGCAGGGGAAAAGUGAGACAGACAAAUAGACAGACAGAAACAACAACAUACGGAAAGUGAAGAAGUAGGACAUACCAGUGGCGCCCCCCAACCACCCACGGCGUGAAAGAUUUCUUGUGGGAGACGAUACAAAAGUGUGAUUUGUCAACUUUUCACAAAAGUGUGAUUUGUCAACUGUUCACAAAAGUGUGAUUUGUCAACUGUUCACAAAAGUGUGAUUUGUCAACUUUUCACGGCGUUUUGCUUGUAGCAGACAGUUGUCUCAAUGUGAAGGUUUAUUGGCGGAGUGUUGCUUUAGUCCUGUUGCUGCUCCAACGUCAAGUUUUAUAAUACAAUGCCACGGACAAGGAGAUUGACGUGGAAAGAAAGGUUCAAAUCUCUGGUGGGCGACGCUCUCCAGCUGACCCAACAGAACCGCCGGGCCUCCCAAGACUUCACCAUGGGGCUCCUGGAGAAGAAAACGCGGCGUAAGAGCGUCAUGAAAAGUGUUCUUACCAAGAAGAUCCCAAAGCUGAGUGACUUGGUCAAGACAAGUGACGAGAAGCCCUACUACAGGUUCCGGCGCAUGGCCAGAGUGGUUCUAAUGCUCAUCCAAGUGUGCAACGUCUGCAAAGAUGAUCGAGAAACAUGACCUUGGGCGACAGCCGAAGGAGAUCCGCACAGGCUCUUUGUUUGGGGAGAAUGACCUCAUCUGCGGCAGCAUGAGACGCCACACAGUACUCACGCGCACAGACACAGAGCUGAUUACAGAGUGAUAUUCAACAUGUCGGAGGACUCCAACGACCCCAAGAAUCUGGAUAUCUGCAAACAACAUGUGGUGUUCCAGCACUUCCCCAUGAACAGACUUGUCGACAACCCCGGGACCUGGAGUGUUCUCAAGUACAAGGCGAGGCCCGUGUGUUCAAGUACUUAGAACCAGGAAACAUUGACGUUCAAGCCAGGAGAAAGAAAGUCCAGGCAAUGAUCAACUCACAGUCCACGUUCUUCAAGAAGAAGAAAAUUCUAAACUUUGUGGAAGACAGAGACUACAUCAAGACGUCCUACUCCCCUCGCCGCUACCAGCCGUCGUCCCGCUCCAUCAUGUCGGCGCCGGCUGGUGCAUCACGUGACCCCGGCCUGGCAGGCCUCAGCAACAGACGUGACGUGUUCACCUGUAUCCCGGGCAUGCGCACUAGCCGGCUGGGCCGCGACAGCCUGGUCAGCGCAGGGACAGGUCAGGCAGCCACGCGGAGAAGCGAGUCCAAACGAUCCUCCAUCGCCUCGAGGAAACCCGACAGCGAGAGUGACGAUAACGUCGAUGAUAAGAGCAACAGAAAGGACAGUAUGAGGUUACCGAAACUGCAGCUGUCUCAGUGCGACGAUGAUGAGACGACGACGAAAAACGAGGCCGGUGCCGGAGAAGAGAACCACAACGAAGGCAAGAAUGAGAAACAGACGGGCUCCACUUCGGUCGCUCGUCGGAAAUCUGUGAUGGUGUGCGAGACGGUGGAAGAUAUUGGACAUCUGAGUAGCAGGGACGCGGGCGGCGGACGGGUGAGCCGGCGGGGCAGCGCUGUUGUGGCCAGUGGUGUGGAGGGGAGGACCAAACAACCGUCUCACGGCGCGUCUGAGGUACAGCAUGAUGAGGGCAGGAGGUCGUCGGGACAGACAAAGGGUCGGGCAAGGUCCGGGAGCUUCCUGAAGACUCCCCACUCGGCCACCGCCAGAUCUCUGACGUCACUGAAGAACAGCCAGUCACAGGUGGUGCAGGUGGGAAACCAUACCCUGCCGGCCUUUGUACAGGUGGAGACUUUACACCCGGGACAGGCCUUUGGUCUCAGGGCUUGUCUGGAUCCUGAAGAGAGGGGUCCAUCAGUCAGUCUGGUGAGUGGGGAGUGUGAGAUUCUUCAGAUCAACAAAAAGUUCUUCAUGAAACACUGCGACGACGCGAUAUACAGCCUCAUUAGACUCAAGGCUAAGCCAUUCCCCAGCCAAGAAGAUCUGAUCGAUCGACUAGACGUGAACAUGCAGUGGGAGGAGUACAAGCAACAGACACUCAAGGACUUCCUUCAGAGAUGUCGUCGAUUCGACAGAUGAUGAUGGUCAUCAUGAGAUGAUUCAUCGCUUUAAGUUCAUAAUAAUAAUUAGUAUUCAAAUCAUCAAGUCAUUUUAAGAUGUCUGCACAGAAGAUGAAAUUUAUCGAAGUUGAAACGAAGUCCUGUCGUCAUACCUUUACUUUCACUUUUUUUUUAUUUGGAAAAGUAAAUGGUUUUCUGUGGAAUUUCCAAGAUCAAGAGGAAAGACACUAGAUCUACAUUUUACAAUAAAAACAUCUUUGUGACUUCAAUAAUUUUUUAAAUAGGAGUCUUUGUGGACACUCGUAUUAUGGUUAAAGGAAACUUCGACCCUCCACUCUUAAAAACUAAGUUAAAAGCGUCUUUUUCAAAUGACGUCACAGUGAACAGAAGUGGCACCCAUGAGACUGAGAGUGGAGACCCACGUGCCGGUACACCGUAGUAGGGCAACCGGAAUGGAGGGUUGAAGUUUGUUUUUACUCAUAUAAUGUGAAACUUUGCUCCAGCUGACUUGCUGGGCUCUGGACUGUGAUAUUAUGAGAAACGUGGGAGGGCUGUAAGCUGCGGCCAUAUAUAUCAUCAUCAUCAUCAUCAUCAUCAUCAUCAUCAUCAUCAUCAUCAUCAUCAUCAUCAUCAUCAUCAUCAUCAUCAUCAUCAUCAGGUUGUCGUCGUUGACAUCGUCAUCGUCGAUAAUGGAAAAGACCUAAUCAUGGGGGUACCACACACAUUUUUUAUUUUCUCUAUUCCUCUCGUAGUCUUUGAUAUUCUUGUCAUAGUCAUCGCCGUUAUCGUUAUCAUCAUUUGCCAUUAUCAAAUCUCACUUGGAAGGGACUUGUAGUCAUUGUGAUAAUAUAUUUAACGUACAAAGUAAACGAACCUGAUUUCGGUUGUGUGAUUGUGUGCAUGCUUCUUCAGAGUUCAUGUAUUGUAUUUGCAUAUAUAGGCAUCAUCGCGAUCGACAUAUUAGUAUUAUAGUGGGCGUAGAUUCAAUGUCCUCCUGUGGGAGUGUGUGUUAAUGUUCCGCGCUAAUUACCGAUCGGUACAAUCUUAAGAUUGUGCUGCCAGUUUUAACGAUCGUAUAAUUGCGCGGCAAUCUUAAGAUUACUCUGCGCGAAAAUAUAUGUGAAAGUUCCUUGAUGUGAGUAAAAGGAUAAAGAUGGAAGUGAAUUAUUUUUUCAAAAAUAUAAAAUA